AUGAACACUUUACUUUGGGAAGAAGAACAGCAAUUGUGUCAUUAUGAAGCAGCUCGACGAGUUCGGGAAAGAGAAUAUCAGCGGCGUUUGGCAAUUUUAACUGUGAAAGAAGCUCAACGUCAACGAUUUCAAUAUGAAAAUGAUUUUUAUCGAUUAUGGCAGCGCAUCACAUUCGAAUCUCCUCGCUCCAUCGCAGAAUUUCGUUUAGGUUGA